AUGACUUCAGAUUACAUAUUAAAAAUUGCAGCUGAGCUUGAAUCAGCUUCACGGCUGAGGACUGCUCAAUUCUUGGUAACACAAAGACCAUGGCUUGAUCUCUAUGGAAUUAAUGUUAGACCAGUGGCCCCUUUUGGGAGUGCAAGUCGUAAACCUUAUGUUGAUGAGGCGCUCAUACACCGGAAUUUGCCUGACGAGUUGCUUUUUGAGAUUUUCUCAAGAAUGACUCCAUAUACCUUAGGGAGAGCUGCUUGUGUUUGUCGCAAAUGGAAAUAUACCAUUCGAAACCCGGUGUUCUGGCGUAAUGCAUGCUUAAAGACUUGGCAGCUCAAUGGAGUUGCAGAAAAUUACAAGAUUCUACAAUCGAAUUAUGAUGGUUCAUGGAGGAAAAUGUGGCUCUUAAGACCUAGACUCCGUACUGAUGGUAUCUAUGUCAGUCGGAACACCUAUAUUCGUGCUGGGGUUGCGGAGUGGAAGAUCACUAAUCCAGUCCAUAUUGUUUGCUAUUUCCGGUAUUUGAGGUUUUAUCCUUCUGGCAGGUUUCUGUACAAGAAUUCAUCACAAAAAGUGAAAGACGUGGCAAAAUUGAUGCACUUUCGCACCUCAAAAGUUGAUUGUGUGUUUAGUGGCCGUUACACACUUUCUGAAGACAAGGUUGAAGCUGCUCUUUUGUAUCCUGGCUUGCGUCCUACUGUUUGGAGGAUCCGCUUGAGAUUGAGGGGGACAACAGCUGGGGCUAAUAACAGAAUGGACCUGCUUUCACUUGUUACUAGUGGUGUGAACGAUAAUGAGGUUAGCAGCCCAGACGAAGACAUUCUUGGACUAGUUGAAGGGUGGCAAGAGGAUGAAACGCAUAACCCUGAUGUUCCGGCAGUUUCGCACAAGAAGGGUCUUACACCUUUUGUCUUCGUUCCAUUCGAUGAAGUUGAAACAUCAGUUCUGAAUCUGCCUGUGGACAAGAUGGAUUAUUAUGUACCUGGGUGA